AUGAGAGUCCUAUCUAAAAGAAGACUUCGGUUCCUAUUAACAGUGAUCUUAGCCAUAUCAGCAGUUACUAUAUUCGUAAGAUGUGUUGUACAAUUUCAACUAAACAAAGAAAUAAAAUAUUACAGAAGAUAUUUCAAAGAUCGUAAGGAUAAACUAGAAGGGAUAUAUAAUCCUCUUGAGAUUAAACAGAUACCUAGUGAAACGAUUGAUAACUUAUAUGCUAACAGUCUCUCUAGAUUAGAAGAACAAGGUAAGACUGUAGACUGGACAAAAUAUGCGUACGUUAAUUAUGUGACAGACUCAGCUUAUUUAUGUAAUAGUCUAAUAAUAUUUGAUGAUUUGAAAAAUAAGUAUAAAACUAAAGCAAAAUUGGUAUUAUUGAUUUCAAGAGACUUAUUAGAUCCAGAGUCGUCUAGUGAUAUUGAAAAUAUUAAGUUCCUUUUACAUAAAAUUCAAAUUCUAGAUGAAAAUCAAGUAGUUAUCAAAUAUAUUGAAAAUAUAGUUAAACCUAAUGAUUAUACACCUUGGAAUGAAAGUCUUACAAAAUUAUUAGUAUUCAAUGAAACUGAUUUUGACCGUAUCAUCUAUCUAGAUAAUGAUGCUAUAUUAAAGGAUAAUUUAGAUGAACUCUUUUUCCUUCCACAUUAUAUUAAAUUUGCUGCUCCACUUACAUAUUGGUUCUUAUCAGAAAAGGAUAUGAAAGAUGCUUAUAAAGAAAUAGAACAUGAUGAUAAGAAUUCUAUUAAUCUCAAAACAUAUACUAAAAAAUUAGAUUUGAGAAUAAAAAAUAACAAGAUGAUAUAUAACCAUUUGCCAAGUUUACCAAACUCUCUUUUUAUGAAUUCUAAGAAUGUUGCUCAAGAAAUUAUUCAUUCAACCUCAUCAGCAUCUCCACUAUUUAAUUUCCAUAUCAAUAAGAAGGCUGGUAAGACUAAGUUUGCAUCUAAUUUAAUGGUAAUCAGACCUUCUGCUGAACUUUUCAAUUCGAUAAUUACCGAAGCAUUACCAAAAGUCUUGGCUAAGAAAACUAAAUAUGAUAUGGAUUUAAUCAAUGAAGAAAUAUACAAUUUGAAAAAAAUUAUAUAUUAUCAAUUUGAUAUCUUCAGAAGAAUGAAAUCUAAAUUUCAACCUGAAGUAUUGGUUCUACCAUUUGCAAGAUAUGGUCUAUUAACAGGUUCUGUUAGAAAUACCCAGCAUCAUGAUUUGAUAACAAAUGAUGUGUUAGGCUAUAAAAGAUUAGAUGAAUCUGGACAACAAAUAGAAAAGGGUCUACAUGCAUCCAUUGAAGACUCAAAAUAUAUACAUUUCUCAGACUAUCCGAUUGGAAAGCCUUGGAACUAUGCUUCAAUUUCUGAAUUUGAAUGUAAAGUUGAUGAGAAACAUUCCAAAAAUAUCGAACAAGAUACAGAGGCUUGUGCCCAGUGGAACUCGAUAUAUGAUACGUAUUUAGAAACUCGUAAAGUCUGUAGCAUCUAA